CGACCAAUCAGGAAGCGUGUUGGGUCCUCCCUCGCUUCUCUGCCCAAUUUCACGAUUUUUAGUAGUGAGGAAGUGCUCGGCUUUCGUCUGUUCGCUGACUGAGAGACAAAGUGAUUUCAACGGGGCCUGCUCUGGAAAAAAAAAAAAAGAUGUCUCAGGCCGACUUUGAUAAAGCUGCUGAGGAGGUCAAGAAUUUGAAAUCUCAGCCCUCAGACCAGGAAAUGCUGGAGAUUUACAGUUUGUUCAAACAAGCGACAGUUGGAGAUGUCAACACGGCACGUCCUGGCAUGCUGGACUUCAAAGGAAAGGCCAAGUGGGACGCCUGGGAUGCUCGUAAAGGAAUGGGCAAGGAAGAUGCAAUGAAGGCCUAUAUUGCGAAAGUUGAAGAACUAAAAGGAAAAUACGGCAUUUAAAGACUGUCGGUAUUCAUCGGAACAAACGCUUGAUCUGCAACCUCAGUGUCUGAUUUUUGUAUUGUGAUUUGCCUUAAUGAAUAUCCCUGGUAUGUUGCAUGUUAUAUGACAGGUGCUGUGGUGAGUCUGUUAAAAAAAAAAAAAAAACAACUCUGAACAGCAAACCCGUCUGAGAGACUGUCCACCAGCAUUUUGUUUAAUUAUAUGGAGAAACAAACCACUUGAUCUUGUUCUAGUAUUUGUUAAAGACAAAAUAAAUUGUCUUUUUUACUGCU